UACCAAUAAGAAACCGAUCCUAACUGAUAUACUGUGCAGAGCCUGAUCGGCUUCGUUAGCAAAGUUUCUGGAUAAUGCGACACCAGGUGAUCGCCGACGAGGUAGACGCUGGUGCAUCGCCGCCGCUCUCCUCCAUGAAAAACAAAUUUCCGGGCUGCGGAAGGCGAGUGACUCCUUCGGCCGGCGAUGCGGUUGUGGAAGUAGAGAUGGUUUUCCCAAACGGCGAUCUCUACAGCGGAGAGUUCGCGGGGAACGCUCCUCACGGCCGCGGGAAGUGCAUCUGGAUCGAUGGUUGUGUUUACAAUGGCGAGUGGAGGGACGGGAACUUCAGCGGAAAGGGAAAGUUAUGGUGGCCUUCAGGUGCGACCUAUGAUGGAGAGUUUAAGGACGGGAAGAUGGAGGGGUACGGUAGUUUCAUUGGCGCUAACGGAGAAACAUAUCAGGGAUCGUGGAUUGCCGAUCGGAAACAUGGAUACGGGAAGAAAUCGUACGCGAAUGGGGAUUUCUAUGAAGGGCAAUGGAAGCGGGAUGUUCAAGAUGGGCAGGGGCGAUACGUGUGGCGCAAUAGGGUUCAGUUCGUUGGUGAGUGGCGCAAUGGGACGAUGGCCGACAGAGGAGUGUUUAUAUUGCCUAAUGGAGACCUGCACGAUGGUCAGUUGGAGAAUGGUGUGCCUAAGAGGAGCGGCGGCUUUGCUUGGCCGGAUUGCAGCUGCUAUUUGGGAAGAUGGAUUAGGGAUUUCAAGAGUCAGCAGCAGAUGAAUGGCUUGUCGUCCUCCGCUUCCCUGGGGUCAAGUAAGCGGUCGUAUGUUUAUAGGGAUUUUGGGAGGAGCGGCGAGGGGGAGGACAUCCCUGGGAACUGCGGGAGGAAGUUUGAUGGCGAGACAGGGGACCCCGCCUGCAAAAUUAUGGAUGACAUCGCUGCCUCAAUCCUUUGUCAGGUUGGGUCAGAGUUUGGUGAAGAAGAAGCAUCUGCAAGCCAGCUUCAGCGGCGGUGUGAUUGUUGUUCAGUCCCGGGUGACGUGAAGAACCAUUGGCCGGCAAUAUUGAAGGGGCAUAAGAGCUACGAUCUUGUGCUUAAUCUUCAAUUAGGCAUCAGAUACUCUGUAGGAAAACCUUCCUCUAAGCAGUCGACGAAGCUCUGGCCAAGCGACUUUGAUCCACGGCAGAAGUUUUGGACUAAGUUUCCAGUGGAGGGAACGAAGAUGACACAUCCGUGCCAUUCUUCAGAGUUCAAGUGGAAAGAUUACUGCCCCAAGGUCUUCAGACAUCUGAGGAAAUUGUUUUCCGUGGAUCCAUCGGAUUAUGUAAAAGCCAUUUGCGGGACUGAUUCUCUUAGAGAACUAUCUUCCCCUGGAAAAAGUGGGAGUUUGUUCUUCCUGACUCAGGAUGAUCGUUUCAUCAUAAAAACAGUUAGAAAGUCUGAAGUGAAGAUUCUUAUAAAGAUGUUAUUAAAUUAUUACAAACAUGUUUGCAAGCAUGAGAAUUCUCUCCUCACAAAGUUCUAUGGCGUGCAUUGUGUGAAGCCCAUUGGCGGCCACAAGGUUCGUUUCAUAGUGAUGGGAAAUCUGCUCUGCUCGGAGCAUGGAAUUCACAGGCGUUUUGAUCUGAAAGGCUCAUCUUAUGGCAGGACUAUUCACAAGAGUGAGGAAGCCGUAGAUGGAACUUCUACUUUGAAGGAUCUUGAUCUUAACUUUGUAUUCCACCUACAAAAACCUUUGUUCAAGAAAUUUAUGUGGCAAAUUGAGCGAGAUUGUGAAUUUCUUGAAGCAGAGGGCAUUAUGGAUUAUAGUCUUUUAGUAGGAUUUCAUUUCAGUGAUGAUUUAUCUGCUUCUCAAAAAGUAUCUAGUUUGGAUGGAUCUUUCCAAGGUCAAGGGCCUUUGACUGAGUUCGUCUUCCCAGAGUCAGGGAGGGGGGAUACACCUAGGUGCGUGGAUGGCCGGGAGCCAGUGAUUCGGUUGGGAGCAAACAUGCCAGCCAGAGCAGAACAUGUGUUUCAAGGGAGCAAUAUUGAGCAGUUCACUUCCGUGAAAUCGCCUGCAGGUGACAAAUUUUUCAAAGUGGUCCUAUAUUUUGGAAUAAUUGACAUACUCGGUGACUAUAAUUUUACCAAGAAGCUGGAGCACGCAUACAAAUCCUUACAAGUUGACCCCUCCUCCAUCUCCGCUGUGGACCCAAAGCUCUACUCCAGGAGAUUUCGUGAUUUCAUUGGCAGGGUUUUUGUGAAGGACGGAUCCGAAGAAUCAGAUUUCUGCUCUGGAUUUACACCGGCGGCGGCCAUGGCGGCAACAUGAUCUUUCUCAAGCCUGGAAACCACAGAGUGCAGCUCAGCGCACAGACUUGUGACCUCAGGUUCAUUCCAAUACAAUCCCACCCUAUCAAA